UUUAUUUUUUAAAUAAUGGUAGAAAUAGAAACAGCAAAUACCCAUUUCAACAAAACGAUUGAAAAUGAUUUUCAUCUGAAGUAAUAAAAAAAAUAUAUUGAUUAAAUCAUACACAACAUAAAAAUGGUAAACAAAAAUUUAUCUGAUCAUCAACCAUCUGAAACAUCUUUAGAGAUGGCUGUUAUUCCAACAAGAACCGAUUAUUCGAGAAGAAAUAAUGCCUUAUCAGUUGAAUAUGAUUUGUUUUCUUUUAAUAAAAAAACAAAUCAAAAUGAUCGAAUCAUAUUCUCAUUAUUAGGAGCAUUAGUUUUGAUUUUAUUUCUAUUUAUAAUUCAUCUAUUUAUUCUUAAGCCAUUGAUAAUAUCAACAAAUUCCAUUUCUGAUCGAUUUACGGAUGAUUCAUGGAUUCAUAUGGAUCAAAUUAUUAGAAAAAAUGUUGGCUACAUACGUCAUAAAAACGCCAACACUUCGGAUGAUGAUGACAAUCUUAUUUUAAUGAGUACCGAUCUCAAAUGGUUGAAUCAUUUACAAUUAAAUUCUGCAAAUGUUUCAUUUUGUUAUAAACAAGAUGAUUUAUCAUUAUUUUAUCAUUAUUGUGUUGAUGAAUCUCAAUAUCCGAUUAUCUAUGAUCAGGAUUGUUGGCCACAUUCUAUUGAUCUGUAUCAACAACUCUUAAUGACCAGAAAUCAAACAAAUUUAGCCAAGUUGAACACAUCUGUUAUUGAUGAAUUCGUUCAGAUUUAUCAUCGUUUUUUGAAUAACAGUGAUGGAUUAAAAUCAAUAAAAAAUGAACAACUAUCAUUAGCAUUCUCUUAUGCGAAAAAAAUUGGCCGUGAUUGUGAACAUUCGGAAUUAUGGCAGCAAAAUUUCAAUCUAUCAUUACCAUCCGGUCGAAAUGAGAAAGAAAUGUGGGAACUAUAUUGUUUACGUCACAUACGAUAUCCUAAUAUAGUAAGCAUCAAUACUGGUAAAUAUUAUGUGCCCGAAUAUUAUCUUCAAUUGAUUGAAAGUGAUUCGAAUGGAAAAAGAUCACUGGCUUCGGAUGAGAAAUGGAUGCAUCGAUGGAUGGUGGAAAAAUUCAUUCCACUAUAUCGAUCAAAUUUAGUUUUACAAAAACGCUUUGAAAAUGAAUCAAAAAAUUCGAUAAUUUUUGCAAAGAAAAACGGUUUAGAAUGUUGAUUAUUAUAAAAAUUUCACCAUAUGUAUUAAUUUAUUUUUAAUCAAAAUUCAUUUAGUAAAAAUAUUCAUUAAACCUUCAUUUUCGCUAGUUUCA